CUUGCCAGCUGUUACAAUUUAGCCUGUAUUCUUUGGUCUUGUUCAACUAGAAUGGACAAUUAUCCGCAAAAAUUAAUUGAUCAGUAUUUAAGGGUUUCGAAUAAGCUGAAAAAGUUUGAUAGAAUCGUAUUCAAACGCUUUGCGCCUAAUGUCACUGAGGUGCUAGACGAGUUCGGCCGUUUGGCGACCUGUUUCGAAGAAGCUGGCAUUUUUCAGUAUGCCGCUAUGUGCCACUUAGGCGUGGCCAAAUGUGAGCUUUCCGCAGGCAAUGUGGUAAAUGAAUGCCAAGCCUAUUUGAAAGCAGCUCGUGCUUUCAUGCGCGCACACAACACUAACGCUGCGUUACAACUCCGCUCGAGUGGCGGUGAGUGCAAGGAGGGCGCGCUGCGUUGCUACUGUCAAGCAUUAGAACGUUGCGCCGAUGACACCGUCUUAAAAGCAGCUAUAAUCCGCGAAAUGUCGCCGCUGCAGCCUCACUACGAUGGUUGCAGUAGUUUCGCCUCACCUGCGCAUCGAAUAUUCGAAUUGGAGCAAACAGCGCAUGCCGCUUUAGAACAAAGAGAUUUUCUCUGCGCUCUACAGCAACUCGAUGAUAUAGUCGAUAACAUUUGUGAACGCAAACAGCAUGAACUGUAUUCGGAUUUGUUACGUCGUGUGGAAAUAUUACGUUUGUUAUUGCUGAUGGCGUUAAAUUUGCCACCAGCUCGACAGUCGCCCUCACAUAUUAAGUUAAUUGAGUAUUAUGAGCGCUUAGCCGAUCUUGAGGAUGAUCGAGAGGCGGAAACUGGCUCACCACUCGCAGCUGCUGGUGGCAAUCACUACAGCACAGGCACCUAUGUGCCGUUGCAAAUGAAGUGGGAGCUAGCGGAAAUAGUGCUGUCCUGGAAGGAAUGCCGGACGGCAGAUUUCAAAGUGAUGUUGGAACAGUUUAUGGGAAAAUUUAAUGCGCUCAAUGAGGCACAUCAGCAUGUGGCGCAGUGCAUAUGCGAGAAAUUACAAGAAAAGUAUUGAGUGGAAUAGUAGGGAUAAGAAAUUUGUUUAUGGUAGUUUAGUAAGUGCAUAUGUAUAUAUAGGUUCUUGAACAUAUAUAUAGUAUUUUAAUAAACAUUUACGAAAAUCAA